AUGUCUAGCUCCGAACUCGCUGUUUCAUACGCCGCUCUCAUCCUCGCCGAUGAUGGUGUUGAGGUUACAGUACGCAUUCCCUCCCCUUCCGGGUAAUUUGAUAUGGGUUGGAGGAAGGGAGAGAAGGGGUAGGAGAGAGAGAGAGAGAGAGAGAGCUGGACGCUGAUUACUAUUAUUAUUAUUUCCGUGCGAUAGUCCGACAAGCUCCAAGCCCUCAUUAAGGCUUCUGGCAACAAUGAAGUCGAACCUAUCUGGUGCUCGCUAUUCGCAAAGGUGAGCCCUUUCCUUAGGGUUAGAUAUCUGGUUCAAAUUCUUACAAAGGAUCAACAGGCUCUCGAGGGAAAGGACGUCAAGGACCUUCUCCUGAACGUCGGUUCCGGGGGCGGAGCUGCCGCAGCUCCUGGUGGUGGUGCCGCCGCCGGAGGUGGCGCCGGCGGUGCUGCUGAGGAGAAGGAGCCCGAGAAGGAAGAAGGUUUGCUUUAUCCCAUAGCCCCUACGGCCUCCUGUACGGCCAUAUGCUAACGGGUUACGUGAAAACAAAUAGAGAAGGAGGAGUCGGACGAGGACAUGGGUUUCGGACUAUUCGACUAAGCACGAAAAGUUUUCGUUUCUCUGGGGGGGUUUUGGGGGUUUCUCUUCGAGUUGAAUAAAAAUAAAUUAACUACCUUUUUCUUUCUUGCGUCUCGCCUUUCCGUACCGUACUCGGUUCGCCUCGUUUCAUAUCGCCUUGGAGCGUGCGCCAUGUUUAGAAUCGUGCUGGGGGAAAAAGUUUGGGCCCAAGUUACUUGGGCAGUCAUGGGGUUUGGGCUGGCUCUGGGUGGUGGCCUUAGGGAGAGUGUUGGGUCUGUGUGAUGCGUCUGAGGCGGAUGAAUCGUGGGUGAUUUAUUCUAGGGCAUUUGGUGGACUUUGGUAGAGGGGCAAGGGGAGUCUGGACUCUGGAGCAUGUGGGGAGUGGGGUGCUGAUGGCGUUGACACUGUUCCUCUGCUCUACCCUAUGACUAAAUAUAGUCUAUUGGUGAAGUAGGUUCAACUUUCAUGUCGCAUCUCCGUCGCUAGAGGGCCCGCCAAUAUCAUAAUUGCAAAAGCC